AUGGCGAAUGUUAGGGUACAAGAUUUACUUAGGAAUGAACAGAAAAAGAAUUAUGUUUCUUGUAUGAUAGCUCUCCAUAAAACCGGAGAAGCCGUGUUGCCUUUUACCGAAGGUAAACUCCAACAAGUUCACCAGCAAAUUUGGCAACAACUUGGAAAACAAAACCCUUGUCAACAACUGUGCAGCCGGACUAAACGAGACGUCAACAGAUGGUGCAUCACCUGUGGUUUGUGGAGACAAGCGUUGAUAGGGUUUCAUACAAAUCCGAGGGAACUGGUAUGGCAUAAGCUUCAAUCAUGGGAAUGGCCGAAACAUCAUAUGAACCUAGUUGAAGUAUUUAUGCUGCAAAACUGGGAUAAAGCUAACAUGAAUGCUGGUGAUUUAUCAGUGGCGUUAACCGUGUGGAAUAAGUGUUCAGUCUUUCCAGCCACGAUAUUGCCUUUGGCUGACGAACUUCGGAAAAGCAGGAACACUGUAGCUCACACAACAUCGAUAGAUGAAAAUGACAAACUUACUGUAUUUAAUGACAUUAUGAAUGUUAUACAUCACGCGGAUGUGGUCAACUACUUACAGAAUCCCCUCGAAAUACAAAACAUAAUCACUGACCUUGAAAAUGGUGACCUUUUUAAAUUUGAAAACGAGUUAAAAGAAAUAAUGAACAACACAAAUGAAAUGAAAGAGAGACUACGAACUAUUCAAUGGAUUAUUAUAGCAGUGUGCAUAGUCAUUUUGGCAAUUGCACUGUUGUAUAUGCAACCAGGGUUACCGAUGAACUUCACUGGAUUACACAUCAAACCAUCCAUGGAGAAAACGGGUUGUCUUCAGGAGUAUUCACCUCUAUUUCCAACAUCGCCGCUGCUUAUCAAUUACUUCAAACAGCAUGGACCUCUCGUUGGCAGGAUAUGGAUGUUUCAGUUGUUGGAUGAACAACUGAAAAACACAACGAGACAUGGCAUUCUAUUCGAAGCUGACAUGGGGUAUGGGAAAUCUGCUAUUGCUGCUCACAUGACAUGUGCCAAAGAAGGUGAUCAAGGUAUAGAACUGAGAAAAAGGCUGAUUGCUUUUCAUGUUUGUAAAUUUGAUGUUAGGAAAACACACGAGGCCGGCGUCUUUAUUCAACGACUAGUUUCAAUGAUCUCAAACAAUAUUCCAGAAUUUAAUGAGAAUAUUAACAAGGAAUGUUUGGAUUUCUUCAUAAACGAUACAUGCGACCACUACCCGGUUGAUUGCAUAGAUAAAUGCAUCAUUCACCCUUUAGAACGAACGAAUAUAUCCGAUGGAAGUGAAGACUACAGGCUUAUAAUAAUCGAUGCUUUGGAUGAAUGCAAUGAAACAUGUUCGUUUGAAAAAAGUAACCAAAUAUUCUAUCUCAUGGAACGCCGUGCAAAUAAAUUUCCAAGUUGGAUCAAGUUCCUUGUAACGAGUAGAAGGCUACCACGUAAUGAAAGGCUAAAAUAUAAUUUAAAUAGGACUGACUUUCAUCACCUUGAAACCCGGAAUUUAAAUGACAUUGAUCUAUAUUUUAACCAGUCUAAUAGAGAAAAGAACGUCACAAUUUUUCUGAUUGCUGUUAAUGCAGAUUUUACACAGCAGAACCAAAUAAACAAUUUAAAUCGAUAUUAUCAAGACCAGUUUGACAGAUGGUAUGGUCACGGGUUCGAUUUUUCGAAAUCCAUUUUGGAAGCCUUGGUGACAACCUCUCUUAAAAAAACUCCAGAAAAUAUACGGAAAGUGAUUUCUUUAAAUGCUGUCGAGAAUGUAUCACUUUCCAUGUUUGAAAAGGAACUAUCCAUUAUACAACAGUUCACAGACAAUAUAAAUGGCGAAAUUGAGUUCAAACAUUUUUCGGUGUUCAAGUGGCUGGAAGAAGAUUGCCCCGAUCUGGGGUAUAGACUCUCUCUUUCAAACGGUCAUCAGGCCAAUGCGCACUAUAUUCUGCAUGAACUGAAUACUUCUAAUUUUACUUUUGAUGUCACCGAUUUACUUUUACACAUACACUCUGCUAAUGAGGGUUCAGGUCUACAAGAACAGUUUAUAAACAUACCUAAAAAGGUCCUCUUUAGAAUGGAGAAGAAAUUUUCAGAAGGACCUGUGGUAAGAAUAAUUAAAAGAGGCAAAAUGAAAGAAAUACCGGAGAUACUGUUCCACCACUUUCCGGGCGGCAAUCAUUUUAGUGCCGAAAACAUUUCAGUGGCGUUUAUUGCUGCAGAAAACGGAUAUACAGACGCUUUAAAGCAGCUGGUAAAUAACGGAGCGGAUAUACACUUUCGCAUGCCAAUGUUUUCCAAUAUGUUAACUUUGUAUGACGCUGUGGAGAUAGCAACUAAUUUCAAGCACUGGAAUUACGGGUUGCUAGACAUAGCAGCCCAAAAUGGACAUACAGAAACAGUCAAACUAAUGUUAAACAAUGACUUAUUUUCAUCCUAUAAUUUGCAUGAAAAGAACGGAUUGAACCUGUCACCAUGGCAUCUUGCUUGCAUGUUUAAUCGUAUCGAAGCGGUUGAAGUGUUUUUACAGUUCAAUCGUUCUUUUGUUGACUGGAAAUGCCUGUACAUUGCAGCUGAAAAUGGCAAUAACGAACUCGUUAAACUCCUCUUAGAAGCAGGAAUUUAUGACAAAUGUGUGUUAUGUACUAAUGAAUUCUACUGGAUUCCAAACGGGACUGCUAGAGUACAAGGGUACAUGGUCCCUGAAAACGAUUCGAUGUACGUUCUUUUCAAUGACUGGAGCGAAUUGUCAUGUGAGUCCGCAUUACAUGCAGCUAUUCGGCAGAACCACCUGAAGGUCGUUAGAGAGUUGAUGAAAAACAACAUCAUUUCAAGGGAGAUCACUGAGUAG